UAUUCCAGAUGAACCAAAUGUGCAAAGUAUGUGGGGAGCCGGCCGCCGGGUUCCACUUCGGCGCUUUCACAUGCGAAGGCUGCAAGUCUUUCUUCGGGCGAACCUACAACAACAUGUCGAGUUUGAACGAGUGUAAGAACAGCGGGCGUUGCAUCAUCAACAAAAAAACGAGGACAUCGUGUAAGAGUUGCCGUUUGCGGAAGUGCCUCCUUGUUGGUAUGUCCAAAAGUGGGUCAAGAUACGGCCGCCGUUCGAACUGGUUCAAGAUCCACUAUCUGAUGCAGAACAACAAUAACAAUAACACUUCCUCGCCAUCGUCCUCUGCAGGCCACGAAUCGUUGACUUCUGAUGUACUCACGACGGCUUCUGACGUAUCUGCCCCAGUUCCCACGGAAACUCCUGAGACUAGAAGCCUCAGUUCUGACUUUAAGGGCUACAAAUUUAGGCCAGAGUUCAAAUUCACUCGAGAUCAUGAUGCAGCAUCGAGCUUUAAAUCAGUUCUAGACUUUACGAACCUCCGAUCUGCUUCCUCUUCAUCCACAGAGUCUCAUCAGCCAGACUCGCCCCUCGAAUUGGGGGGACAGGUGACAUUUUCCUCCUUCGCAGAGCAGUUUUGCCCUAAAGACCUUCUCACGCUUUACAGCCUACCGAACUUCGCCCCUAGGUUACCAACCUUCAUGUCACAAACUUCUCUCGCUCACCGGUACCUAUAUCCUUAUUAUCCUUCUCUUUUGUCAGCGUAUUCCCGCCAGCAGUAUCUCAGCGCCCUGCUGGAAGAGGCGAAACAGAGGGAGACUCAUACACAUGAUGUCGACGACACACACGAUUUGCACCUGUCACAGUUGGAGGAAUUCACUCCCCCUUCAAAAGUCUUUAAGCCAAAUCCUCUGCCUGACCUGACGACCUCUAGUUCCAGCGUUUUGGAGGGGAAAGAUGACCAGUGCCAUUUAGAUGUCGAUGAGACUUCUUCUUCAAACGCCGAUGGCUUCCAGUGCAGUGGAAAAGAUGAUGACCAAGCAUCAGAACCGAAUCCCAAAGGUCACCGAGUAACGUCAUCGUCGACAGGUCAGGAUCAUCCGAUGGAUUUGAGCACAAGGAACGUGAAGUCGACAAGUUGUGGGGAAAAUCCCCUGGAAUGUGAUCCGGGACAGAAAGAGUUAGGGAAAACUAAAGAUGCAGCAGUCAUUGGCUCCAGUAAGAAAGAAGAACGCUUAACUAAAAGCAAAGAGGAACAGAUGAGCCCUCUCGAUCUAAGUGCUACAAAGCUGAAGUGAAAAAAAGUAAAAUAAUCAGAUAUUUAAAAAAACAAGUAAAAUAAACAAAUAUACAGAAUACAGGCAAAAAAACGGAAAGCUGACGAGAGGAUUAAAAUCUCUUAAACUGUUACCGUUAAAUGACACAAUCCUUUCUUGUGGGGAAUACUCGAUAAAUAGAAAGCACUUGUUUCUUUAAAUGGUGUCCAAAACAUUUAAAUGCCCCUAUGUCUUUCGUGAGUGGUCAGUUUCCCUCUACUUUUCCCUAAAGGCGGCCACUUACCGUGGACUUAAAUUCCUAGUACUAAACAACAUUCAUGGCAAUGAUUCGAACAAGACUCAAGUCAUGGCCAAGCUUCAUAAAUUAGUUUCAGCCAACACAAAUGUUCUCCAGCAUAGGCAACAUUCGUUAGAUAAAACCAAACUUUGUUUUCGAAGAAAACAAAGUAUGCAAAACUUGUUGAUAUUUACAACUGUCGAACUGAUUUGUGAGCUGUCGAUAUUAGGAUGACAUUUUUGUAGUCAAACUGACUAAGACUGACCUGCACGCAGAGCUAACUCCUUGAAUCUGCAUUAACAUGUAAGACUUCAGAAGAGAUUAAAAUCGACUCACUGGCUGAACAAAAGCAUGAUAUAACUGAAGGAAAUUCACAAUUUGAAAUAAAAUUCACUUGCAAUGUAGUGUUUCUUGUAGCCGAAAUAGCGAGUCUUUCAAGUUGGAGCCAAUUUUCUUCUAGGGUGAGGACGAAAACUUGCAGGAUGAAUUAUCGCCUCGAUAGGAUGGACCACAAUCUCUCUACCACAUGUCUAUCAUCCUCCUUCUCUCCCUCCCUCCCUCCUUCGCUCUCUCUCCCUUGAGUAACUGUCACUUUCCCGUCUCCCUGGAAACAUGAAUUAAGCGAAUAUUUGUAAAUAUUGUAAAUAUGUAAACAUCGCAUCGUAAGAAUUUGACGAAAUAUCAGAACCUUCGUAUUAUCAUUGGUUGUACGCGAAGAGUUUUUGUAUACUUGUAUAUAACUGCUACAGUGUAAGAGUUUACUGUCUUAUAAAGGCGUCCACGCCCGGUUUCAAGUUACCAUUAGUGCCACUACAAAGAAAAACAACAA